UUUCCCCAUCACAUUCACACACGCACGCUCACACUUUUUAUUUGCCAUAAUGAACCGUCCAGCCCCUGUGGAGAUCUCCUACGAGAACAUGCGCUUUCUGAUAACUCACAACCCUACCAAUGCUACCCUCAACAAGUUCACAGAGGAACUUAAGAAGUAUGGAGUAACAACUUUGGUUCGAGUUUGUGAUGCUACAUAUGAUAAAGCUCCAGUUGAAAAAGAAGGAAUCCAUGUUCUAGAUUGGCCCUUUGAUGAUGGAGCACCACCCCCUAAUCAGAUAGUUGAUGAUUGGCUAAACCUAUUAAAAACUAAGUUUCGUGAAGAGCCAGGUUGUUGUGUGGCAGUGCAUUGUGUUGCAGGGUUAGGAAGGGCACCUGUGCUGGUUGCACUUGCUUUGAUUGAAUGUGGAAUGAAGUAUGAAGAUGCAGUUCAAUUUAUAAGACAAAAAAGAAGGGGAGCGUUCAAUUCCAAACAGCUGCUUUACCUGGAGAAAUACCGACCUAAGAUGCGAUUGCGCUUCAGAGAUACCAAUGGGCAUUGCUGUAUUCAGUAGAAAGAAAUCUAAACGAAGUCUGACUUGAUUGUGGCAUUUAGAGGGAACUCUUGCUACCUGGAAAUGUGAAUCUGGAAAUUUAACUGUCAUCAAAGUAGUGAUGGAUUCAGUACUCUUCAACCACUCUCCUAAUAAUUUGAAAAAAAAGCAGACCCAAAACAAAAACCAACAAAACAGAGAAGUCCCUCUCUGGCAUGAAUAAAAUGUUUAAGAAAAGGAGAAACAAAAAAGAGAUUAAUUUAGUGGAGGAUGACUUUGCUUCUAGUGUUGGAAUUUGAAUUUCUGCCAGGACUGAAUUAUUUCAAAGUCUCCCCCCCCCCCCCAAAUUAGGUCUCUAAGGAAAACCAGCAGUACAUUAGCCUGUGCAGAAUCAUCUGUUUGGGGAGCACAGUCUUCCAUUAUACUUGGCACAUAGAUCUCCCUGUUGGGGGGAUUUCUUUCCCCCUUUUUUGGGGUAGGAGUGGUGGUAGAGAGGUGUAUAUUUUUUCUCUCCUUUCCCCUGAUCCUUUUCUUCCUGAUACAAGUGGUAGGCUAUUGGAAUAGGAGAAGUCUUUGUUUCUGUAGAUGUGUGUGCAGUCGGGCAGCCUUAAGCCCAAAAGGGCACUUUUAGAAAAAUAAAUAAAUAAUAAUAAUAACAACAAAACACCAAAAAGAAAUAAAAAAGCAGCAGUGGCAUAUAUAUUAUAUGGUCCAGGUUGUUUUUAGUUUUUAUUGAUGAUGGGGUAUUCAUGUAGUUUUUUUUUUUUUUUUUCUUGAAAACUCUAGUCAACAUUAGUCAAAGUAGCUAAAAGUCUUUGGUCUUUGCAAAUUAGUGCGGGGAAAUGGCAUUUUAACAGGAAGCUCUUUUAAUGAACUUGGCUGAAAGUUGAAUCCUUCUUUUCCAACCAGUGAAGCUGAGUAUUCCAGAGACUUGUAUUUUCUGAGAGUGUAGCCAUCACUCCAUUUGCUAAAGGUGUGUCUAGGCAGAGGAUUAGCACACUUUAUACCUUGCAGAAUUGUGGGCUUUUAGCAUCACUCUGAUUUUCUAUCUGAUGGUGUCAGAAUGAUGAUAGUUUAAUUUUUUUUUUUUUUUUUAAUUUUAGGCCUUACUAGUAUGCUGAGUUUUUGGAAUGGUUAGAGGUGUAGCAACAAAACACAAUUGGCUUUGAGAAAUGCCUUUGAUGGGUAUUUAACAAACUGCCCCCUAUAUGUACAGUUCAGUUUAACCACUGAUUGCCUUGUUCUUUUCCUACUAAGUUCUUUAUGAGAUUAAACAAAUCACUGGUUCAAAACCAACAAUGCCUAGUGAGUGUGUGUCCAAAGGCCAUAACAGGAUAAAAGAAAGCAACUCUCAAGAAGUAGCAAAGGGACUGCUUUGCUAGUGAUGUAUAGUAUUCUUUGCUGGAUUAGAAAGGCUGAUCUAGAAAGGCUGUUUUUCUGUUCCUUGUGGAAAACAAUUGUGGCUGGGCUGUGUUGACAGCAGGUUGAAGGAUACCAUCAGUGGCUCUUGCACAUUUCAUUUAGAUAUAUUUAAUAGUGCUCUGGUUUUUAAGGAUUUGAGUAAAGAUUUAGGGUUAUCUUGUCCUGCUGGAAUUUGCUGUGCAGAGCCUUAAACUUCCCAUUUUGCUUGGAUUAGUGAGACCAGUAGGAGUUGGACUAGGACCUUAUCUCACACUGUUGUUACCUCAGACAUUGGCUGGCUAUGUGAACUGCCUUUUUCCUAUGCCAGAGUUACUUUGAUUUUUAUUAAAUGAAAUUUCUGUAGAUUCUCUCCCCCUACUCCAAAAGCAAUGAAAUAAUGUUCUUUGAAAUUGUUUCUAGGUUUUAAAGUGAAAAAUGAUGGUACUAAAUUCUUCGUUUCAGAACUUGACACAGGCUCAGGAUCAAAAUGGCAUAUACCCACCAAGUUCAAAUAGAUGGUCUAUUUGACUCCAAGAGUUUUGAUCAAUACCAUGACCUUUCCCUUUAACAUGAUUUGAUUGUGUGUGUGUGUGUGUGUGUGUGUGUGUGUGUGUGUGUGUGUGUGUGUGUGUGGCGGGGCAAGAGAGACUGUGUGUGUGUGUGUGUGUGUAGUGUGUGCAUAUGUGAAUGCGGUGUCCACCAGUAUCAGUGCCUGCCUGAGUUAGAAAAAGUACAUUCCUGAUUCUGUAUGAGUAGGGCAUAUGAAACGUGAAGCAUUAGCACUCAUUUUGUUUUAAAUUGCAGACUAAUGUUAUUCUCAGAACUGGAUUUUCUCCCCUCAAAAUUGUUUUUUUUUUUUUUUUUUGAUAUAAUGAAGUAUUGCUAGCUGAAGCCAGUUUGACAUGGUGAGAGGUGUCAGACUGAUGAAAGGUGUGCAGCCUGAUUUAAAACCAAACCCUAACCCCCUUUAAAGAACAAUAAAACAUAUUUUACAUGC